ACUGUCAAAAACGACGUAAACAUUGAGAAAAUAAAUGUACCUAUGCUAUGUAUGUUUCCUUCCAAAAUUUCUAAAUAUUGUGGAUUGAGGCUAAGUGUAAAAGUAUUCUUAUAAUGUAUUCUAGCGACGGUUUAUUUAUUUUAUUUGUGGGGUUAAUAGUUGCAGUAUUCACAACGCCGACAAUACAAUUUGACAUGGAAGAUCCUAUCGUGGGCAUUCCAAGAUUUGUGGAGAGUGAUGAACCAAACGUAGACGAAUCAGAAUCGUUGCUGUCCAAUGUGGUUUCCGACGUCAACAAGACCCUAACUAAUCUCUACAACCAUGUUACUUCAGCCAAUGUUACUACAGAUAACCAAACACAAGCCGCAAAUGAAACAAAGAAACUAGUCAAAUGUAAAGAAAUUUUGUAUGAAGCUGGACUUGAGCCGUCAGUAGAAAUAAUCAAUGGCAGUCAUCUAGCGAAACUGUUGCAAGUAAAACCUGAUAUAACUAGUAGAGAUAUGGAAGCAGAUUGUGUUUUGGUAUUAUUCUAUGCGCGAGCUUGUCCUUUCAGUGCACAUGCUGCACCACACUUCAAUGCAUUAGCGCGAUCAUAUCCUAAUGUUAAAAUGGUUGCCCUUGAUGCUUUAAAAUACCAUGGUAUUAAUGCCCAAUAUGGCAUAGUUGGUGUACCAACAUUAAAAAUGUUUCAUAAUGGUCGACCAGUUGGUAAAUUUAAUGGGACUGAAUAUAACAUCCAUUCUUUUAGUAAGUUUGUUCAUACUAUUACAGGGCAGUUCCCUCAAGCUCUUCUUGUAAUGUCAAAGGAUUUCCAAGGACCUGUUUCUAGUGUUGUUGAAAAAGACACUGAUUAUUUCUUAGUGCUGUCAUGGCUGUUCAUCAUUGUUUGUUCAGUUUAUUAUUUCAUGCAAUCAAAAUGGUGGCAGAUGAUCGUGGAGAUGGUUCAGAACAACUGGCGGGAAUCAGAGGCGCAACAUGAACAUAAUGACUAGUCAACUUAUUUUUAAUUAGGUAGGAGUAACUUGUUUUUAUUAAAUAUUUUUUUAUGAGA